AUGUACGCUGUCGGCGCUCUUGGCGAACAACGAGGCGACGCAGCUGGCGGGACCACCGCUUCUCAGCAACAGCAGCUCUCCUAUGUGUUCCAGCCGAGUGCCAGUGUGGCACAGCUUACACAAGGCUCCUUCGGCUUCGAGGGCAGCGUCGUGGGCAUGCGUGAGGAAGACGUGCGGGUCUUCGUCGUGCCUGCGGGUUUCACCACACGCGUGUCGGACUCUCUCGCGAACGUCUCCGCACAGGGGCUGGUGUUUGUGGUCCGUCUGGUGCAGGUCGAGCACGUGGACGAGGAGCCGACGUCGGCAAGGCAGGCCGCUGACAGCGGGCAAGGGGCACCACCCUCUGUGUACGCGGCGGCAGAGGACGGGGACGCUAGACAGGCGUCCGCGCCGUCGGAACAAGCACUGAUGGUUGUCACGGCGGCGUCGACCGCUGCGGGAGUGGCGCCGGCGACCUCCUCGGCUGCAUCCGCCGUCCCCGCGUUUCUGAGCACUAACGGCAUCCCGGCUGAGCACAUGUCGGUGCUCCGCAAGAUAGAACUCGGCGUCAACACGGCGGUCGCGACAGCACGGGACGUUCACGGCGUGACUGCCAUCUUCUCUCAGGACUGGCACCGGCACAUGGAGCGCCCGAAGCCGUCACUGCUGAGCAACCGCGCCCUCCUCGAACAGGUGCAGCGGGUUGUGGAGGAGGAGGAGACGGCGCAGAAGCACCUUGACGCGUGCGACAGCACCAUGCAGGCUCUUGAGGCUCGCAGCAAAGAAAUCCAGCGGCGCAUCGAUCGCGCCGUGAGUGACUCGCAGAGGCUGCUGGAGGAGAAGAACAAGGGCGCCACCAAAUCUAUGGAGGCGCGGCUGGAGCGGGAGCGGCAGCUCGUAAAGCUGAAGGAUGAGCUUCGUGUGAAGGAACAGGCGCAGGAAGAUCUGCAGCGGCGCGUCGCAGCGCUGCGGCGUUACAUCGACACUUCAAGCGAGGAGUUGCGCCAGCUGCAGGGUCGCUUCGACGUUCAUGAGAUCCAGUCCAGGGGCUUAGCGGAGCGGAUCUCUGCGAUUCAGGAGUCUCUCAGCGAAGAGCGGCGCCGCAGCGCCGCGUUGGUCUCCAAGUCGUCCGCCACCGAGGAGGCGGUUUGCAAGGCACAGGCUCAACAUCGACUAGCUGACGGGCAGCUGACCGCCGCGCGCGGCUUGGCGGAGCGGGAGCGCCUGCGCUACCUGCAGGUGAUGGAGGACGAGCGCAGCCACCGGGCCACCGACGCGGAUAUACUGCGUAAGGACAUCGUCGAUGCGCUGGACGCACGCGAGCGGCAAUAUCAGGUGGAUCGCUGCCGGCUUGCCGAGGAGCAGUUCAUGCGAGGUCUGCGCGACGGCAAGGCGGAGGGCCGCCGGGUCGCCGAGACAGACCUGCUGGGACACCAGGAUGAGCUGCGGCUGAACUUGCAGCGUGCCAAGACGGAGGUCGAAACACGCAAAGAGGAGGUGCGCCGAAGCAUCGAGUCCGCUAUGGCACUGCGCCGCACUCUGGGUGGCAAGGUGACUGAGCUGGAGGCGCAACUCGCCUCCGCGACGCGCAAGCAGACAAAUCUGCAUUACAAGCUCUCGCAGUGGCAGACAUGGUGCCGCACGGCACGGGACACCGUGAGCCAGCACUGGCGUGCGCUGCUCAGCUACGCCACCCACCCGUGCACGCAGGAUGAGCUACUGAAAAUGAUGGAGGCGGUGCGCACCGCUGAGCAGGCGAGCUACGCGAGCGACGAUGGCGACGAGGGCAGUGACGGGACUGGUGGCCCGGUGCGGGUGGACCUGCAGUUCCAGCUCGACCAUUGGCGGCAAACCCGCAUCCGCUGCAUCGCGCAGCGCCAGCGAUGGCUCUGGGAUGACAUGCUGGGCCUCUACACGAAAGGCGCCUCCGUCCACUUCGCCCGCGAGUGGCUGCAUCCGCUGAUAGAGGCGCACGACGCAACGCUAGAGGCGGUGGCGCAACUGUACGCGCAGCAGCACGGCGGCCGCGCGCUCUUCGACUGCUGCGUGGAGGAGGCACAAGAGCGGUGGUCGGUGCAGCAGCAGUGGUGGUCGACCAUUCACGAGAUUGAGGAAUGGUUGGCUGCUCAGCGCACAGCGCAGGAGAACCUGAAGGGCGAGGAGGCGACGGCACGCGAGGCGCUGUGGAAGGAGUACAUGGACGGCGGCGAGGCGGUGGCGCAGCUCUGCGCAUCGCAGCUGCGGGCGCAGGUGAUGCUGCUGCAUGAGGAGAUGCAGGCACGAGAUGAGCUGGUGUCCGAAGAACAGCGACGGCGGCGGCUACUGCCAGAAGAGGCGCAGCAGCAAUGGGCGGCGACAUGUUCCUCUGCCCUGCGUCUGUUUGAGGAGGAGGAGGAGGCCGCCCGUGCCGGCCUGGAGGCGGAGGCUUAUAUGUCCUACAGUGGCCUGGAAUUUCAGUGCGCCUACGCCCUUCGUGCCACGCAGCAGCUCAGUGCACAGCACGCGGAACAGCAGCGUCUCUUGGCUGAAGAGACGGCGGCGCGGCAGACCGUGAUGCAGGAGGCGGCGGAUGCGGUAGAGCGCUGUCGCCUCGCUGCUGCAACUGCGGUUUCUUCUGCCGAAGCGGCUGCGGCACCGCCGAUUGGGGCACCACGGGAAGAGGGCAGUCCUGCUAACGUCUUCUGCCCUUCACCUAUGGAGACCAUGCCUAGCGCGCCAUCGCCCCCUCCGUUGGCAGAGGAGACGCCAGCCAGCCCUCUUCCCUCACCUUGCAGCUCAAGCCACGCUCGUUCUCCACCGUCACCGACCCACCUCGUCGAAGGCCGAACGUCGACGGCUGAUGAGAGCGCGACAACACCCCAGGUGACCGGUGUGCUGGCACCUUCACACAAUAUUGCAGAUGCCGAACCACCAGUCGACCCCGCUGUUGCGCUGCAGCGCGUGGACUCGUCACCAGUUCCACCGCCGCCGCCAGCGGCGGAGAUCGGGUUCGGCUUCGCCGAUCCUCCGCGUGCUGCGUGGGGUGAUCAAAGCAGUGGCAGUGGUGGAUCUAACCGUCUGAGAGACGGGGGGCUGGCGAUGACCACAGACGCAUUUUUCUCCAGUGAGCCGCCUCCCCUUCCGCCGCCAGACAAAGCCGACUCCUCGGCGCAGGCUGUGGCGGGACCAAGUGAGCUGCGCAGCGCCAGCACUUUUCAUGCAGUUGCCACAGUCGCUGCACCACCUCCGCCACGCCGCUCAUCACACGCCGAAUUCUCGGCAGCUCCUACAUUGGCGAUUACAGCGGAGUCUGAUGACACGCCGCCGCCGCCGUCUGAGGCGGCAGGGGUUGACCGACAGCAUAUGUCUGCUCAACACAGCGCUUCGUCUGCGUGUGAGAGCACUUCUUCAUCUUCGAGAACGUCGUCCACCUCUGCAGUGCAGAGGGCUGGCGAUGCUGCUGCACCUUUCACGGCGUUGCCGUUGCAGCACGACCCCGCGGGGCGGGAGGAGGGGGCAGCGGCAGGCAGAGAUUCACCGCCCUCGACGCAGCGAAGGCCUGCGCGCGCCUUCGGCGCCGACUCCAGCAGCAUCGGUGAAGACCUCAGCGGUGACAUGGCUAGCGGCCAGGGGUCUCAGAAGUCGCCGACGAGCGCGCCACGCCGUGCUCGCGGACCUACCACCAAGCAGUCAGCUGCAGGAAGCGCUACCCAGAAGCCGAAGCUGUUUGAUAGCAGCAGUGACAGUGAGCACGGCGAAUGA